ACACUGUAGGCAAGAACUCCCGCGCCUUCUUCACGCGAUUGCGGUUGCCUGAGUUGUCAGUUGAUUCCUAAGCCACUCACGGAAUUGUAGCUAAACGCGUUUCAUGUAACUAUUUGUGAACAUGUUUAUAAUUUUUAUUUACUUUUAAUAGUUUUAAUCGCUGUGAAUUGUAGUUAAAAUGUAAUCGUAAGGAACACUAUAAAAUUUUGUGUGAAAAUAUAAAUUUUGUGUGGAAAAUGUUUAUUAUAUGUGUAACGCUAUACAUGUGAUUAUACUUGAUACGCCGACUUGUGCUUACCUUCUAAUAUAUAUAUUAGGUUUUGCUGAAAUAAACUGCAGUUAACGUAAAUUUUUUGUAUUAUUGGUAUUAAUUGAUGUGUAAUAAAAUGUGUAUAAAAUUGAUUAAAUAAACAUUUGAUAUUUUUUUAAAACUAAAAAAUUCUAAUAAUUUAUAAAUAUCACCAUACGGGGUGUGCACUUUUGAUUAUAAUAUUAUUUCAUGUAUACAAAUUAUAGUUUCUAUGGUUGGUUAGAUUAUUCAGAGCAUAAAAUUACUCAUACAGCUGCUACCAGUGAUUAUCCAACGUUGAGUUACACACGUUAUGAAUAUUUCCGACUUUUUCUAAGAAUCAUCCAACUGUACUCAAUCAGUUUUAGUGCAUAAUCAUAACCUUACUUCUUGGACUAUUCAAAGAAUAUAUAAAAUAAAAUUUUUACUGAUUAUAAAUUUAAUAACCAUCUACAUGGUUGAAACCGUUUAUAUACUUUCACCCUGAAUUGAUUCUCAAGAUAGGAAUCAUUUUACGCUAAUAUUGCAACAGUAUGUAUUAAUCGUUCUGUUACAUCCAUUAAUAGAUGAAGUUAAAAAUAUAACAAUAAUAUACACAGUAUUAAAAAUAUAAUUAUGCAUGUAACUUAAACAGAAAAAAUAAUUAGUAAUAAUAAUAAUAAUAAUAAUAAUAAUAAAACAAUGAGAAACAAUGGUGAAGCUCAGCAAAUGGCGGUGAUAGCACCGUCUCAUCUCAACGGAUCGGCACAAUUUAUUUCCGGCGGAUAUGCCGGUUAUGUAUCACGUCAAUCCUGGAAUCAGUAUCAUGUUUCACAACCGCACUUACAUACACAGCAACAACAUAUGACUGGAAGAGGCAGUAGACCUUUUUCUCAUCCUCCGCCACCGCCUAUUACUCAAAGAAACAAUUAUCAUAACCAAAAGAGUAAUUCACUUCCACGCACGCAUGUUAAUAGCUCUGGAAGAUGCGCAACACCUUCGAAGGUUGAUCCCGAGCUAAUAUUUACAAAACAAGAAAGAAUCGGAAAAGGUAGUUUUGGAGAGGUAUUUAAAGGAAUUGAUAACAGAACUCAACAAAUCGUGGCAAUAAAAAUAAUCGAUUUAGAAGAAGCUGAAGAUGAAAUCGAAGAUAUCCAGCAAGAAAUUAUGGUGCUGUCGCAAUGCGACAGCCCUUACGUCACUAAAUACUAUGGAUCUUAUCUCAAGGGUACUAAGCUCUGGAUUAUUAUGGAAUACUUAGGUGGUGGUUCUGCUCUAGAUCUUAUGAAAGCUGGAAGCUUUGAAGAAAUGCAUAUUGCUGUGAUUCUCCGUGAAGUACUCAAAGGUCUUGAUUAUCUUCACAGUGAACGUAAAUUACAUCGUGAUAUAAAAGCAGCUAAUGUUUUAUUAAGUGAAAUGGGAGAUGUUAAAUUAGCAGAUUUUGGUGUUGCUGGUCAAUUGACUAAUACGACUAGCAAAAGAAAUACAUUCGUUGGAACCCCUUUUUGGAUGGCACCAGAAGUAAUUAAACAAUCGGCCUACGAUUCUAAGGCGGAUAUUUGGUCUUUAGGAAUUACAGCCAUUGAAUUGGCAAAAGGCGAACCACCAAAUAGUGAACUUCAUCCAAUGCGUGUACUCUUUUUAAUUCCGAAAAAUAAUCCACCUCAAUUAACGGGUAAUUACACGAAACAAUUCAAGGAAUUUGUAGAGGCAUGUUUGAAUAAAGAUCCAGAAAACAGACCUACAGCAAAAGAACUUUUGAAGUUUCAAUUUAUUCGCAAAGCCAAGAAAAAUUCGUAUCUGAUCGAUCUUAUAGAUAGAUAUAAAAAAUGGAAGUCACAGCGUAGUGAAGAAUCUGAAACAGAAAGUGAAAAUUCAGAUUCUGAAGAAUCUAAGCAAGAUAGUGAUAUGGAUGAACCGUGGAUAAUGACUGUUAAAGGUCCACAUGGUACAAAAACUUCCACAUCACAUGCAAUACCGACCCUGGACGAUCAAUUGUCCUUGGUGAGUCAUACUUCAAAUCAUAGAUCAAUUGGUCAUAGUCAACAGCAGGUUAAAGCGCACGCAAAUGGUGGUGCAAAGUCGCCGCCAAAAGACUCGCCAAUAACCAAUUAUCGAAAUGACUCGCGUGACUCAUCACGUGAUGUACAAAUUAAACAUAAUACACCGUCCCGACCUUAUGAUGCAGCGCCACCACCUCCAGUGGAUCUUCGAGAGAAUAAAGACAGUCGAGAAUCUCGUGAAUCACAAGAGUCAAAAGAAAUUCGUGAUGUCAGAGAUCGAGAAAAUAAUCCUCGUGAAAAAAGAAAUAGCAAAUCUGAUGUAUCUGUUAUGCCAAUGCCUGAUCAUAAAUCAAAUGAGGAUAAACAACGACCAAGGAGUUCACAAGAGCAAAAACAUACACGUAGUGCAACACUUACUACUGUUAUUUUGCCGUUACUUUCGGAGCUUCAGGGCAAGUAUCAAUAUUCAUCGAGGGACAAUAAUGGCGAUAAUGCUGUAACUAGAAAUGGUGGAUCAGUUGAUGAGCUGAGAAGUGCCUUUGAACUGGCUGAACGUACGUCGCCAGGUAUUAAUGAAAUUUUUGUUAGAGAAAUAUUUAAGGCCUUACUUCCAGCAAACCAUUCAGAGAGUAGGCUAUCUAUGAUUAUGGAAAAAAUUGUACUACGGGAUACGUAGGAACAAGAAUUGGCGAGAAUAGACAAGAGACUAAUCUGAAACUAUAUAAGCGUUAUAGAAUUUGAGACAAUUUCUAUACAUAAUUAAGCAAUGCUCUAAGGUGCAAGAAGAUAUUGAUCAUCAGUGCACUGUGUGCUUAAAAAAAUUACGAACAACAAUAAUCGUGCCAACGGUCUAUCCACAUUUACGCCUACAUUAAUUCAUUACGGUUCUGUCAAUCGAUUCGUUGGCCCUCUGAAAGAGGAGAAAAAUAACAGAAAAAGACCUGGAAUUAUUAUUAUUAUUUCUAUGUGCGCUUUAAAUUUGACAUUAGUGGCAAACCGUAAUUUGUUAUUUGUGCGUGAUAAUCAUUUGAUUUGUAUUGUAAUUACACAGUUGUCAUUUACACUUGUAAUUACAGCCAAAAUAUGAAGCACCAGUAUUAUGUUCGCUGGGAGCCAUGUAAAUAUGUAUGUAACUUGAUAAGAUAUACUUAUUGUUAUGGUCAACGAUUGAUUUCUACAUAAAUAUUAACAAGCAUCAUAAAUUUUAUUUAUCAAAAACAGAAGAAAAAAAUAACAAUAUGAAAUAGGAAGCCUUUUUGGUGUUAAAUGUUAAAUAUAAAACUAACCUUGAUUUUAAAUCCUUCCGAUUUCUUGAUUCCAUUAGCUUAAUCUAAUUUCAUUAGUUAUUAGUAAUAGGGUGAGAGAUGUGCGAUUUUUUGAAUUAUUUAUUUGAGCUGCAUUAAUGGGUAACUAAUAGAGUUAAAAAAUUAAAUUUAAGUAGAGAAUGUUUAGUAUUUGAUGAUUGAAAAUAACGAAAACAUAGAUAUAUCUAAAAUAGAACUUGUGAUAGGUUUAUAUUUUAAUUUUUAGUUUUUUAUCAUCGAUAUUGCUAAUAUAGACAUAAUUUGUAAAUCUAAAAAGUUUAACUAGAAUUAUUGAGAAUUUCAAAUGAAAACAGAAUAUUCUUAUUAACUUUCAAAUUACAUAAUUUAUUUAAUAUUAUGAUCAAUCUUAUAUUUUCAAUGUUUUAUCUACCCUCUCAUCCUUUACUUUAUAUUUAUAACUGUUUGUUGACAUGAUCAUAAAAAAUGGUAGUGAGGUAAACUUAUUUUGUUAUUUUUUUGUUGUUGUAAGUAUUUCUAUCAAUAGCAAUUAUUAUACAAUGUUGAGGCGGUAAUUUUACUAAUAUUAUAUGCUACACAAUGAAUUUAGUAGAUUUACUUUUUCAACUGGAGGGUUUUCUUUCAAUAGUUAAAUUUUUACAAACUAUUGUAAUACUUAGCCAAUCAAUUUUAUGACCGAAAAGAGUAUCCUCAUGUGAUUUAUUGUUAUGGUAUGUAUUAGAAAAAUGCGCAUUGGUUUUUUAUUUUAAUUGAAAAUAUAUUUAGAAUAACUGAAAAUAAAUUAAAAAAAAAACUGUCAAAUGGUUAAUAAAAAUAAGUAUCUGUUACUAAUAAUAAUUAUUUUUUAUAACUUCUUCGUGGCCAUUCAUUUUAUUUCAUUGAUACUUAAAUAAUAAUUAAUAUCAGCAGUCAAGUUGGUCAUGGGUAAUUAAAUUACAGAUUAUCGUAAAAACAA